AUGAAAACGAGCGUGAUACGCUCGAUGCCAUUGACCACGGAGUGGACACGGCUAUCCGUCCUCAGCACCGAAAACUGCACGAUCCGAAUAGUACUACUACUACGCUUAGCUGACCCGUCCAAAUCCGACGGAGGCGUCCAGCAGGUCACCAGCAAUGUGGCUAAGGAUGCAACAGCCCUCAACACUAGCGAUCAGGCUAUUCGACUGACCAUCACCGACGAGGAAUGGACCAAUGCAUCGCAGGCGCUGCGGACGGCCACCCGCGGUGCGGUCUUCUACCUCAUCACCACCGACAUUCUUGGUCCCUUUGGUCUGGGAUAUGCCUUUGCGACCAUGGGAUGGGGACCCGGAAUUGCCCUGUAUACCGUCUUUGGGGCCCUCGCGGGAUACUCUGGAUACCUGGUCUGGGAUAUCUUCAUGGGCCUCGACUCGUACCAGUUCCCCAUCCGCAGUUUUGGAGACAUGGCCUCCCGUCUGUACGGCCCCUGGGUGCGAUACCUGCUCAAUAUGCUGCAGAGCAUUCAGCUGCUGCUGAACGUCGGAUUGAUCGUCAUCUCCAACGGCCAGGCCUUGUACCGGACCAAGCUAUGUUUCAUCAUCUGCUGCCUGGUGUGGGCACUACUGGGCUUCUUCCUUGGCCUCGGCCGGCGGCUGGAUUAG